GGCCUUUUUCCUUUACUUUUAACCCGUUGUCACGUGUUCGCUGUUUGCCCCCAACAAACUGCUUUUCUGUAAAUUACUUUAUUAACUAAUAAACCUGCUCAUGACAAGCCAUUCUUACUAUAUCUCCGCUCUUCUUCUCCUCUUACAAACCUGCACUACAGAGCUUGUCUUUUCUCGUGAGAGAUAACUAAAAAAUAUAUGAUAAUCUCUCGAUGUCUUUCUUUAUUAUCACUAACCUGAAAACUACAUUUGGAGGGAGCUCACAUCUUUCGCCUCCUGUUUUCUUAUUGUCUCUUUCAUCGUGAAAACCACAGAUAUAUCUGAAAACUUAUCUCAUAGUAAUAAACUCUCAUUUCCCUAUACUAUUUUUACGAAGCUUCGAUGAGGACUACAUUUGGAAGAGUGAACUCAUCGUCUCGUCGAACCCCACACUAUUUCCGAUAGUGUUUUGAUCUCUGGCACUAUUAACUCUUGACAUACAGAAAACUAUCGUAUUACCUGAAUCUCUCCAAUAUUUCCAAAAAUCUCACAUUAUCGUUUCUUGAUUGAUAAUAAAAAGAGAUGCUAUGACAAUCAAGAAUAAAUUAAUUCAAAGAAGGGUGGUGGAAUUUGAAAUUUCAAUGCCUCGAACAACCAGACUAUCUUGUUCAUGCACCAAUUUGUUACAAAACUCAUGAAAUUAUGAAAUAUGGAUGAUUAAAAUUUUUGUGAUAAGUAAUCACUACGGGAAGAGGCGCGGUUUCUACAAACACAUAUAAAUAGAAGCUGAUAAGAUGAGUUUCUCCGCUGAGGAAGGUUCAAAAUUAUGCUUCGCUUAUUUAUCAUUGUCUGUCUAGUGUGCUCUGUCGCGCCGGACUGUGUUCCGGGAGAUGUUGGAUUUGGAGAUUCCUGCUACUCGUUCAACCGUGUUCAUGGAAAGUUCAAGGAUGCCAACGAUUUGUGUGUAAAGAUGUUUGGAGGGAGUCUGGUAAAAAUCACGAAUAUUAUCGAUAACAAUUGGAUGCAAAAACUGGCGGUAAACCACCUCGACGCCGACUACAACUCUUUUUGGAUCGGAGCCAGCGACGCUGCCCACUACACCAAUUGGACUUGGAUUGACGGGAGCCCAAUGCGAUUCUCCAAUUGGGGACCAGGACAGCCACUUGAAGAUCGGCACUGCGGAACUAUGCUCAUUUCGACUGGAAAGUGGUUUUCCCAAGUGUGCGAUGAAAGGAUCCAGUUUCUGUGCCAGUAUCCCAAUGGGGCAUACUCUCCAACAUGCCCUCCGUGCCUAGAGAUUUGAUGAUUUAAGUUUUUUUUAUUACAACAAAGUACCUCUCAUGUUAAUAAAUUACCUCACAUUGUUUAAUGGAAACAACAUUCGAAAA